AUGGCGGCCGGGAGUGCCAGUGCCACGGCGUCCCUCUCCGUGGCGGCGGCAGCGGCUGCUGCUAUGCGCGUCAGGCGGCCAUGCGCUCGCUCUCGCUCUUGGCCCCCCUCUCAGCGGCCGCAAAAAGGGGCACUCCUCAGCCUCAAGCCUUGCGCCUCACUGGCACCACACGCUCCUCUGUGGCGGGCGGAUUCGGAUGCCGCAGGCGGUGGUGCCGGCGCCGGCGACGUCAUGGGCCUCCUCCUCCGGGAGCGCAUAGUCUUCCUCGGCAACGAGAUCGAGGACUUCCUCGCGGACGCCGUCGUCAGCCAGCUCCUCCUCCUCGACGCCAUCGAUCCGGACUCUGAUAUCCGCCUCUUCGUCAACUCACCAGGGGGGUCCCUCAGUGCAACAAUGGCCAUCUAUGAUGUAAUGCAACUUGUGAGGGCGGAUGUCUCCACUAUUGGAAUGGGCAUAGCUGGGUCAACAGCUUCUAUAAUCCUUGGUGGUGGCACGAAGGGCAAGCGAUUUGCCAUGCCCAACACCAGGAUUAUGAUCCAUCAGCCUGUCGGAGGUGCAAGUGGGCAGGCCCUAGAUGUAGAGGUCCAAGCAAAGGAGAUAUUAACCAACAAGAGGAAUGUCAUUCGGAUUGUAUCAGGCUUCACGGGCCGCACUCCGGAGCAGGUAGAGAAAGACAUUGACAGAGAUCGUUACAUGGGCCCCCUUGAGGCCGUCGAUUAUGGACUUAUUGAUGGCGUGAUCGAUGGAGACAGUAUCAUCCCACUUGAGCCUGUCCCGGAGAGGGUGAAGCCUAAGUAUAACUAUGAAGAGUUGUACAAGGAUCCACAGAAGUUUCUUACACCAGAUGUCCCAGAUGAUGAGAUAUACUAG